AUGAGUGAUGAGAUGUUACCAGAUUCUGUGGUUAGAAAGAUUCAUGGAAUUUCUAAAGAUUAUAUUGAUCAUGGAGAUGCCAUCUUUGUGUGUUCUAAAUGUGAUGCAAUGUUAUGGGAAGAUGAAAUGCUUAGGGGAAAUCAAAAACGUAUCAAAACAUCCUAUUCUCUCUGUUGUUCAAAUGGAGAUGUUGAGCUACCACGACCGCCUACACCUCUUCCAUUACUACGUCAUUUAUAUAAAAGUCGUACCUCACAGUCUCGCAAUUUCAUGGAUAAUAUUCGAGCAUAUAACAUGAUGUUUUCCUUCACAUCUCUUGGUGGGAAGUUUGACAAAAGUUAUCAGAGAGGUAAAGGUCCUUAUGUAUUUAGACUACAAGGUCAGAAUUAUCAUCGAAUGGGUAGUCUACUUCCAGACGAUGGGGAAGAACCUAAAUUCUCCCAGCUUUACAUAUAUGAUUCACAAAACGAAGUUGUAAAUCGUCAAAAAGCAGUAAGUUCUCAAAUAGAAUGCAAAACUACAAGAAACAACCAGCUUGAUAGUACAACCAUAGAGGGUCUUAAAGAUAUGUUGGAUUCUCGCAAUCCUCUUGUCCAAUCCUUCAGAAUGGUAAGAGAUUGUUUUCAAGAAAAUGAGUUUCAAGAUGUAAGCUUGAAGCUUAUUGGAACAAGAGAUAAGGAUGGAAGAGUUCACAAUUUGCCAACAGCAUCAGAAAUUGUGGCGUUAAUACAUGGUGAUUUUGAUGGAGCAUUUGAUAAACGGGACAUUGUUGUUAGAAAGAAGUCUGGUGGUCUUCAAAGAAUUAGUGAGCUUCAUCCCUCUUAUCUUGCUUUGCAAUAUCCACUUAUUUUCCCAUAUGCGGAAGAUGGUUAUAGAGUUGGUAUUAAACAUAGAGGGAUUGCGAUUGAUGAUGGGGUACUUAGAACCAAUCUUACAAUUAGAGAAUUCUUUUGUUAUAAAAUUCAAGAUAGACAGAAUCAGUUUUCAUUGUUAGUUAAUGCGAAAAAACUAUUUCAACAAUUUUUGGUUGAUGGAUACACGAUGAUAGAAUCUGCCAGGUUGAAUUAUAUAAGGACACAACAACCUAAACUUAGAGUACAAAAUCUUAAGAACUUGAAUGCUAUUGUUGAAAGUGGAGAGAAUAAUGCCUCAAGUUGUGGUAAACCUAUACUUUUACCUUCAUCAUUUACUGGUGGUUCUAGAUAUAUGAUGCAAAAGUACUUGGAUGCUAUGGCAAUUUGCAAGUGUUUGCACGAUAAAGCUCUUAUUGCUGAAGACAGACCGGAUAUUAUCUCUAGAAUAUUCAAGUCCCACUAUUCAAAAAUUUCAGUUAUGUAUACAGUGGAAUUUCAGAAGUGUGGACUCCCACAUGCUCACAUAUGUUUGUUCUUGGGUGCUGAAAGCAAAUUUCCAAAUGCAUCUGAUAUUGAUCGUGUUAUUACUGCUGAGAUACCAGAUAAAGAAAGAGAUCCUGAAUUAUAUGAGCUUGUCAAGCAAUUUAUGAUUCAUGGACCAUGUGGUACAGGCAUCCCACUUUAUCCAUGUAUGGUUCAGCAAAAAUGUUCUAAAAAGUUUCCCAAAAAAUAUGUAGAUGAGACUUGUGUUGAUUCUGAAGGAUAUCCUGUCUAUCGUCGCCGUCAAACAAGUAAUACGGUAGUAAAGAAUGGUGUGACACUUGAUAAUAGAUUUGUAGUUCCUUACAAUGCUCUCCUGCUUAGAAAGUAUCAGUGUUACGUUAACGUUGAAUGGUGCAACCAGUCAGGUUCUAUCAAAUAUUUGUUUAAAUAUAUUAAUAAGGAGCCUGAUAGAGUCACUGCUUCUAUUUUUCAAGCCAAUAGCACCAAGAAUAAUACGGAACAGAAUGUAGCUGUAGAUGAGAUAAAAGCAUACCUUGAUUGUAGAUAUAUCUCUGCUUGUGAAGCUGCUUGGAGAAUAUUCAUGUAUGAUAUACAUUAUAGAUAUCCAGUUGUUGAAGUAUUACCUUUUCAUUGUGAAGAUGGUCAGAGUAUUGUGUAUAACGAUCAUGAUAAUUUGUGUGAUAUUGUUACUGACCCAACUAUGAAAAUGACAAUGUUUACAGAGUGGAUGAAUUGUAAUAAAGUCGAUGAAUUUGCCAGGACAUUGAGAUAUGUUCAGUUUCCGGGAUAUUAUGUAUGGAAUGCUAAAAAUCGCAAAUGGAAUUGA